CACGUCGGAGUCCCCUGCGGCCACUCAUACUGUGGCGAAUGUUGCGUCCGUUGGAUGAAGCAGAACCCCGGCAGACAUCCAUCAUGCCCCACCUGUCGCGUCAAGCUAGCAAGGGACAUCCUCGUGGUCCCCAACUACUCCCUUCAACACACAAUCGAUAAGCAUGUCGCUGCGUUGGGUGCAACGGGCGUCGUGGACUGGCAACCUACGGGCACUCUAUACCAAGAACGGCAACAACGUCAA